GCCGGGUUAGGUUGACAUGGCAACACGUAAGCGGCUGAAAUUUGGAUAGAAAAAUACGUACUAGAAGCAAUGCACCAGGAGCAAUGUUACGAAAUGAAGAGAAUAGCCAGCUGGGGAUGAUAAAUAAAUAGAAUUUCACGGGGAAAAAAAUCGUACCGUUUUGCUUGUAAAUGUAGGUCAGAGCUUCUGAUCGUGUUUCGACGUGUAAGAGGCACGUGUGCAUGUGUGCGAGUUGUGCGCAAAUGUGUGUUUUAGUGCAUGUCUGGUUUAGUGGGUACAGGCAUUUGUGUGUGUUUCUGUGCUAGUGUGUAUCCUUUAUUUACUUGUGAGUUAAGGCCAUUGAAAUGAUUUAAUGCCCACCUGACUGUAGGCAGCAAGGCAAAAUAAGAAUAAAUACAAAUAAACAAAAAAAAUACAUGAACACAUAAAAUGUAAUUGUUACAUAUUUGCAUAAUGCAAUGGGGCGUGUGUGUGUGGGACGUGUAUUUUUGUGCAUGACUUUUUUUCUUUUUUUUGGACGUGUUUGACCCACACACGAUUUUUGUGGGUGGGUGUAGGGGGCGCGUAUGUGUGUGUUUUUGCGUGUACGAGCUACUAAUGCUGCUAAUGGUGAUUAUGAAGAUGAUGCUGCCUUAAAGUCCCCCCCCCCCCCCCUCCUCACUCUUCUCCUCUCUUAAAAAAACAACAACAAAACCUUCCAUCGGAGGGCAGCGGAGACCCAUUAGCUGCAGACACGCAGCCGCCGAUGGAGAUUCGUGGCCGGGCGCGGCGUGGCACGCAGACUCGCUGCUUGUGUGGUGCCGCGGAGGUUGAUGUCAUCACAUUUAGCGUCACAAGCGGACUCAUUUCGUCACACGCUUGCGACGUCAGUAUUACACGACGCCGUUUUAGUGGCGUCGUGGCAUUUAACAAGCGUCGCGGUGUGUUUUGCGUGUGUGACGUUCACUGUCUCACCAAUGCGACGCAGAGGAUUGUCGCCAUCCGCGCAUGCGCGCGCGUGUCGUCACGUCGCAUCAGCGUUUGUCGCGUUUGUGUACAAAGCAAUGGAGACUCCGGCCGUGACCUGGGUCCUGAGUCUUCAAGCCGCGUGGCCAUGACGACCAUGUCCAUCCUGGCGCCUCCGCCCCCGCUGUCCGCGCUGUCCCGCUGGUACCUGUACGCCAUCCAUGGCUUUGUGUGCGAGGUCAUGUUCACGGCGUGCUGGGACUUCGCCUUGCACCGCAACUGGAAGCUCCCGGGCGUUACCAGCGUGUGGGCGCUCUUGAUCUACGGAACGUGCAUCCUGGCCAUCGAGCGCUUGUUCCUCCGUCUGCGCGACCGCUUCAACGUGGGCAUCCGCUGCCUCAUCUACACCCUGUGGAUGUACGCCUGGGAGCUCAGCACUGGCCUACUCCUGCGUCGUUUGGGAGCCUGCCCUUGGGACUACUCCAAGUUCCGCUACAAUUUAAUGGGCCUGGUAACGGCCGAGUACAUCGUGCCGUGGUUCUGCGCCGCCUACCUGGUGGAGCGCCUGGUGAUCCAGCACACCCUGCGCCUGCGGCACUACGACGGCUCAGACGACGGCUGGUCCGACCCCAUGGCCGGGACCCUCAGGGCUGCCCGCCGGGGCGAGAAGACGUUGCGUGCCGCUGGAGUCGGUGGCUUGUUCAAGUGGGACUGAGGACCCGCCAUUUGUGUUUGAACCCAAAAAUUCCACCAAAAUAUUUUAAAAAAGAAAACCUAUGUAAAAGGUAAAAAAAUUAAUAAAAUAAAAACAAGUAAAAUGAA